AUGAAUCAAAACACAGGGGUCACAGCCAGCCCAUCGGCCAGGCACCCCGAGGUUGAUCCGUCGAUCGCAUCUGACCUUACUCCCAUUGCGAUAGCAGCCCAAGGGAAAGAGAUAACUGGGCCGAGAAUCUUCCAAAGAACGACAGACAACAUUACGGGGGCUAGGGUAGAGGAGCUCCUUUUAGCAAUGAACACCGAUCAGCCAACCGGAGGCGUGGACAUGACAUAUGGAAAUGGGGACGCCCAGCAUCUCCGCUAUUGGAAGCCCAAGUCUCCCAAUGCUCCGAUCGUCCUCUUUGUUCAUGGUGGCAGUUGGCGAUCAGGGACACAUUUGGACUCGAUCGGGUCGGCCAAAGUUGCUCAUUUGACGGGCCAGGGUUAUGCCUUUGCCACUGUCAACUAUACACUCAUCCCAUCCGUGACAGUGGAAGAGCAGGUGCAGGAGGUGGCCGACUCGCUGGGUUACCUUGUCAGAAAUACGGCCAGACUAGACUUUGAUCCCCAACGAAUCAUUCUUAUGGGACACAGUUCCGGUGCACACGUUGUCACGCUGCUGGGGACCGACGAAAGAUACCUGGAGAAGGCAGGGGUCAGUAUCCAUACUGUGCGCGCGGUUAUCUCUCUCGACGGCUCAAAUUACAACGCAUUGGCGGAGAUCACCGAUAGUCCGGGGCCGGUAGCGGACAGCACAAUCAAAGGGCUCGGCACUGACCCGAAACGGCUAAAGGCUGUGUCACCUACUUACCAUGCCCGCGCGCCAAAUGCAGGCGCUUUUCUGCUCCUCCAAGUCCACAGGCAAGGUGAUAUUCGCCAGGCUGUUGAGCUAUCUGCGGCGCUGGAAGCUGCAGGUACCGAUGUUGCUUUGCACGUGUUCGAGGGCGAAAGUUUCGAGGGCCAUAUGCAAAUGCUCCUACGGCUUGGCGAUUCCACCUAUCCUGCGACAUUGGUUAUGGAUGACUGGCUCAAGGUGCAUGUUCCAGUAACAAUCCCAAUUACCUGA